CUUUGAUACCCGAAAAUGACUGAAGCAGAGGACAAAGAGAAGGCCGAGAAGCUCGCCGCCGCUAAGAAGCGCUUUGAGCAAUUGAAGAAGCAGAAGGGCAAGAAGGGCGGCGCCAAAAAGAAGGAAGAGAAGGCCGAGGUUGAAGCCGAAGCUCCUGCGACCCCCGAUAAGCUCGAGGAGACGCCGGAAGAGGCCAAGCCGGUGGAGACUGAGGCCGCCGAGGCGUCGGAACCUGCUGCGGAAGCGGAACCCGAAGCUCCAGCUGAAGCAGAGAACAAGGAAGCCGAAGAGCCACAAGAGCCUGCCGAGGAGCAAAAGCCUGCCGAAGAUGACAAGCCUGCGGAGGAUGAGUCGUCUGCCAAACCCGCGAGGCCGCCUCACAACCGCCAGCCCUCGAUCACCCUCCAGUCGAAGAUGCGCUCCGAGUCCUUCAGGCGCAGCUCUGCGAAGUCCCCUACCGAUGCGCUCAAGUCGCCCGGCGUGCCGAUGAGCCCUGGCGACGAAGUGCAGGACAUCUACAAGCAGCAGGUUCAGCGGAUUGAGGAGCUGGAGAAGGAGAACAAGCGGCUGCAGUCUGAAUCACAGGAGUCGGAGGUGCGCUGGAAGAAGUCCGAGGAGGAGUUGGAGGAGCUGAGGGAGGCGAGCAGCGAGGUUGCGGAGCUCAAGGCGAAGGCUGAUCAGGUGGAGAGCAAGUCUGGGGAAGUGGCGAAGCUGACGACGGAAAUAGCGUCUUUGCAACGCCAGAACGCCCAGCUUCAAUCCCAAACCAAGCAAAACAGACGCGUAUCGAGCGCCUCUCCGCAAAACGACGACUUAGCCGCGCAGUUGGCAUCCAAGUCCAGCACGAUUGAGUCCCUUGAGCUCGAGAUCUCUAACCUCAACACCCAGGUUUCGCAAGCCUCCGACACCAAGGCCACCCAAGACAACCGCAUCACCGAACUGGAAGACAAGCUCACGAAGGCGGAGCACGCAGCGGAAAACUCGGCGCAAGAGCUCGCAGACCUCAAGAAGAACCUUGAGCAAGCAAGCCAAGACGCAGCCAAAGAAGGCGACUCCCGCAGCUCCGCCGAGACGCGCAUCGCAUCGCUCGAAGCCGAACUCGCCGCGGCCCAACGCGCCGUCGAUGACGCCAGCAAGCGCGCCGAAACGCUCGAGAAAAAAGUCGAAACGCUCACAACGCUGCACCGCGAAUCCGACGCACGCAGCCAAGCCAAGCUGCGCGAAGCCGAGAAGACAGAGCGCGAAGCCAAGGAGCUGCGCUCGCGAGUCGAGGCCCUCACGAACGAAAACACGAAGCUCAAGAGCGAAGAGCCAGGGCUCGACGAGCUGGAAGACGAGGAGCGCUCGCGGUUGCGCGCGCGCAUCCAGUUCCUCGAGGAAGAGGCGACGGAUCUGCGGCGGGGGAUCUGGCGCGAGCGGCGCACGCAGCUGCAGCCCGGGCUCGACGAGCACGAGCACGGCGGCAGUGGUGCCGGCUUCGACGACGUCGACCUCUCUGGCGCGCAUUCCCCGCUUGAUGGCGGCGGCGCUGGGCCGCGCUCCGGCGGGCAGCGCGGCGGCAGCUCCUCCUUCACCGACGUUAUUAAUAGCGGUAUUAGCGCGUUUACGGGCGCGGCGGCAAGGCGGCCCUCGUCGAAUCGCCAGCGGCCCCGCAAGCAGAGCUUGGGGCUGUUGAGUGAUGAUGGCGAUGACUUCGCUUUCGAUGAGGAUGCGUUCCGUGCGGCGCAGGAGGAGGAGGCCCGCAAGCGCGUCGAGCGCAUUAGGGAGGUGAAGCGUGGGUUGGAUAAUUGGAGGGGGUGGAGGAUGGAUAUUGUGGAUUUGAGGGUGGGGUUGGGUGGGGUGGUGGAUGUGUAGAUGGGUUUGGUUUGAUGGGGGUGGGAUACCUGUUUGGGGUGCCUACAUAUGAUAAGUGAACGAAUGGAUCAGUAUUGGGAUUGUUAUGGUUAGUUGGUUGAUAAUGGGAUUGUGGGCUGGCUCGCUUUCCCUUUUGUCUCCUCUUGUGGUGAUGUAUGUACCUAUGUUCAGCUUAGGCCGUUGGCCGGCCUUGUCUAAUGUCGAUUUCAAGGUUGUCUUUAAGUUUCCCCCAUCUUCUAUUUUCUCGUUGUUGCCUUAUAUCUUUCCUCCAGAAGGGUUG